AUGAUUCACAAGCAGUUCCCCAGCACUGCGUUGGUGCUGCUGGUUUUCUCUGUUGAUCUGAAACUGAUUCUCCUCCAACAAAGAAAAAAGGAAGAGCAUUUACAACUACUGAAUAAUUUGCAAACCUCAUCAGUCCAGCAGUGUCUGCAAUACAGGAAAAAUUUCCGGCUUCCUCAGAAAUCUGUGAAUUUCCACCAGUACACAAAAGGGCAUGCACUGGCCAUUCUCCAUGAGAUGCUUCAGCAGAUCUUCUUCCUCUUCGAGGAAAAUAUUUGUCUGGGCAGUGGGGAGGAAAACCACAUUCAGAAAUUACUCAUUGACCUUCAUCAACAACUAGAAUACCUGGAAACACUCUUGGGACUGGAAGCAGAGCAGAAAAGUGGUGAACUAGGGAGUAAGAACCUUAGGUUGCAGGUUAAAGCAUACUUUCGAAGAAUCCACAAUUACCUGGAAAGCCAGCAACACAGCAGUUGUGCCUGGACCAUUGUUCAGGUAGAAAUCAGCUGGAGUCUAGUCUUUGUAUUCAGACUCACAGGAAGUCUUAUCAGACAAAGAAUAUACCCUUGA